AUGCCAACGUACUACAGUUCUCCUCUUGGCCAAGGCAGCUGGUCGGAAAUCAGCGUCAAGAAAAAUGCGAAGCUUCAGUUUUCGAAGACAGAGGAGUGGACCAUCGGGUCUAGUGCUGAAGGGUCAGGACCAGCCUCCGGUGUCGCCGCAAGAGUUCCUGAUAACCUCCCCAACGUGGCCUUCAACUACUUUGUGGUUACUGUGGGCAGAGUCACAACCAUGGACGAGAUGAAAGUGUCAGCCCUAGGGUCAGGGCAAGAAAACCAUUACUUGGAUUUGUUCGACUUCUUGAAGAUGAACACCAAGACAGUGGACGUGCGACAAAGACUCCAAGGUGGCUGCAGUGUCAUAUUGUUUGACAGCGCCGAGGAUGCAGCAUCAGCAGCACACUUGUUCAUGAAGGGAUGCAUGCCCAUCUUCAACUUGUUGAAUCUCAAGUUCAAUAUGCAAGACAAUGCACUCGUUGCAUCGGUGUCAGUGGUUCCUUCGAGCAGUUCCAUGAUUCCCUACAGCAUCCUCCACGGCGAACCGCACAGUGUCAAUGACAUCUUGAAGACGGCCCAGCUUACUGGAAUGACAGGCAGCUUGUCUGUUGUGGCAGAGUCAGACUUCCAAGACCUGCGUCACCUUCGUGCGGAGGCCCUGCAGUCCAGGCCAUACAUGAAGCGUCGAUACAUUCAAGUGCUCGAGAGCGAGAUUGCCGACGAGAAGAAAGGUUUGAUCGACGAAAAAGGCCCAACGCCAGAUGAGACCGAAGCCUGA